AGGAGGCGGUAACGGUGAUGGCGGCAGACGCCGAGCACAUCGAGAUGGGAGCGCCUCCAAUGCCAAGCGCCGACGAGGCCGCUGCCGCCGCUGCCUUCGCAGAAGUCACCACAGUGACAGUAGCCAACGUGGGGGCCUCUGCAGACAAUGUUUUCACCACAUCUGUGGCCAAUGCAGCUUCAAUUUCAGGACACGUGUUGUCUGGGAGAACAGCCCUCCAAAUUGGGGACAGCUUGAACCCUGAAAAAGCCACUCUGAUAGUGGUGCACACGGAUGGCAGCAUCGUUGAAACCACUGGGAUCAAGGGGCCUUCAGCACCUCUCACACCAGGACCACAGUCUCCUCCUACCCCUUUGACAGCUGUCCAGGGGAAGAGUGGAACCAAGUACAACUGGGACCCAUCUGUGUAUGAGAACGAGCUGCCGGUGCGGUGCCGGAAUAUCAGUGGCAUUCUGUACAAGAACAGGCUGGGCUCAGGAGGCCGUGGCAGGUGCAUUAAGCAAGGGGACAACUGGUACAGCCCCACAGAGUUUGAAGCCAUGGCGGGGCGAGCCAGCAGCAAGGACUGGAAGAGGAGCAUCCGCUACGCCGGGCGGCCCCUGCAGUGCCUUAUCCAUGAUGGGAUUUUAAAUCCCCAUGCUGCCUCGUGUACUUGUGCCGCUUGCUGUGAUGACAUGACACUGAGUGGCCCUAUACGACUCUUUGUGCCAUACAAAAGGCGGAAAAAAGAAAAUGAAAUACCUGCAACUCCAGUGAAGAAGAAUUGCUCCAAAAACAUCACUCUGCUUCCAGCCACUGCUGCAACGACGUUCACCGUGACUCCCUCUGGACAGAUCACGACCUCCGGGGCGCUGACCUUCGACCGGGCAUCCACCGUGGAGGCCACGGCCAUCAUCUCAGAGAGCCCGGCACAAGGGGAUGUUUUCACUGGAGCCACUGUUCAGGACACCAACGUCCAGCAGCCUUGCCGGGUGUCUCAUCCAGAGCCUCACUAUCCCAGUUACCAGGACAACUGCCAGAUCUCACCUUUCCCUGAGGCUGCACUGCCAACGUCUCAUCCCAAAAUCGUGUUGACCUCUCUGCCUGCCCUGGCAGUGCCCCCUGCGACGCCCACCAAAGCCAUGUCGCCGUCGGUGGUGAACGGGCUGGAGGUGACGGAGCAGCGGAACUGGCUCUACCUGGAGGAGAUGGUCAAUUCCCUGCUCAGCACAGCCCAGCAGCUGAAGACCCUGAUUGAGCAGGCCAAGCAGGCCAGCUCCUCCUUCCGUGAGGCCGCUGUCACACAGGCCAAGAUCCAGGCUGAUGUGGAGAGGAAAGAGCAAUACCAAAGCCAGUUAUUCCAACAAACAGAGGAUGUGGAUGGGAAGACAGAAAUCAUCAUCAAGCAAUCCUGCGUCAACUGUGGACGGGAGGCCACCAAUGAGUGCACGGGAUGCCACAAAGUCAACUACUGCUCUACGUUCUGCCAGCGGAAGGACUGGAAGGACCACCAGCACAUCUGUGGCCAGUCAGCCACGGUGACAGUGCAAGGGAGUGAGGUGCACGUCCCGGACAAUGUCAUGGAGAAGGUCACUGUGUGAGUGCUCUACCUCCGCAGCCGUUCAUGGACAUGCGGGGCCGAAUGGAUCGGCGACUGGCAGGAGCGGUCUGUCCUGUGCCAACAGCACUCUCAUCACUAGCAGACUCAUUUUUCAUUGACAUUUUGAUACUGUGACAGCAUUUGUCUAUUCCCAAUCCCCUUCCAAAGAUUUGGAUAAUACAGAGACUGUGAAAAUCUCAUCUGGAGCCCUCUCCCUUCCGUCCUGGCCCCGACUGGCUUUGGGAGGCUUUGCCUUUGCCUGACUGGAUCCUCCACCAUGUGGAUUACAGCAGUCUCCUCAUCUCCCUUGAGAUGGAUCUAAAGUAGGUGCUGCAAGGAGAUCUGCCAGUGCUUCCUCCUACCAGGACCUCCCUACCUCUCAUUAGAGAAGAGAAAUGAAUCUUUGGUUUAUUUAAUUGCCUUGAAAAAGUUGGUGCAGGUUCUUAGUUUGGCAUUGAAACACAGUUUUUCCUGUGUUCCCUCUGUGCUGGGCAAAUCUGGAACACAUUGGAACUUCUCCACUUAAAUAUAAUUGAAAAAUAACAUGUUAAA